GGGGGGGAGCUGGUUUUCCCUCUGCCGUGCUGGCUCCACGCUGCCUGCAGCCUUGAUGCAGCCGCCAGGCCCCCCUCCCCAGGGCUAUUUUUAGCCCCCCAAACACAUUUCGUGCCGUCCUAUUUUAAGCAGAGCAGUUGGCGCACCAGGAGCCCGCUGCCCGGCUCCCGGGGGCCCCAGACCGCCUCGCUGGCCCAGGGGAGCGGGGCAGGGGAGCCAUGCCCAGGGAGGCUGCCGAAGACGGCGCGAGCAGGGCGGAGGGCGCCGCGCCGCCAGAGCCCGCCGACCCCGAGGGGGCUGAUCCCGGAGCCAUCAGCCUGCGCCCCGUGGAGUCCAUCAGCGACCUGCACUGGGCCUCGGCCGGGCACAAGGGCAGCGAAGGGAACGGCCCGGCUCCAUCCAGCGCCCAGCCGCACCGCCUGCCCCACAGCCCCCCACGCCUGCCCACGCUGCGCCCCGUGCCGCCCAGCACCACCUGCCCUUGCCCCGGCCGCCCCCUCUUCCUCGCCCUGCUGGGCCUCCUGGCACUGGCCAGCCUGGUCCUGGCCACGAUGGCCAUCUACCUGAGCGUGCUGCAGAGCCAGUCGGUGCAGGCGCUGGCCCAGUGGCUGGAGAGCCAGGAGGACACCAUGCGUCAGCUGCGGGCCACCAGCAGGCAGCUCUGGGCUCGCCUCAACGCCAGCGCUGAGCGCCGCUGAGCCGCCCCAACAGAGGAGGAGCCCCAACAUUUAUCGCCCCCGUCCCGCUCCUCCCUGGCAGCGUCACCCCCAGGGCACACGGGGGCCAGCCUGCCCCUGCCGUGCGCCGUCGGGGAAAGGGAAGGGCCUGCAAGGACGGGCACCUGCCCCGGCCCUUCCUCCGCCAGGCACAGAAGGCGCCCUGCCAUCAGUGACCUCCUCUAAUCAAGUCUUAGAAAAUUGCCACCGUAACCACAUUCCCGGGGUGGCCGGUGCUGACGGCAGGCACGGCCCCAGCCCAGCCCAGCCCCAGCAGUGCCUGGGGAGCGGCACCAGCCCGACCCCGGGAGGCACAGGCGGCACUGGGGUCCCCGUGCCACCCACCCGGCACUUGUGUCCCACAAAAGGACUCUGCCACGUAGAGCAGCUGGCAUGACAAGGGGCCGGAGCGGUUUGCCAGCCCCGGCAUGGAGGAGGCACGCAGCAGCACACCACCAGCUCCCCGCCUCGGCUCUCCUUUUAUCCUUUCUUUGGUUAAAUAAAAUAAAGGAAGGGGCAGCCCCCUGUGGGCUGCAGAUCUCC